AUGGAAUUACCCCCAUUCCUCGCUCCGUGUCCUUCAUCAUUUAUUUCCCCUUCUUCCUCCUCAUCUUCAUCUACAUCUUCUAAUUCUUCAUCUUCUCCCUCAUUUGGAGGUAUUCUUCCACCAGUUAAUUUGUUAGGGAAUUCACGUCCCCAACCAAUUAAUAAUAAUUUAACUUCAACUAACCAGCAACAAUGUUCUACUAAUCUUUCCAUACAUUCAUCUUCUCAACUUUCGUCAUCUCCUUCUUCUUGUUCACAUCAACAUCAUCAUCCUUCUUCAUGUUGGACUUUAUAUAGUCAAGAAACAGAUAACAACAACAACAAUAAUACCAACGGUGGAUUCCAACCUCCUCCCCCUCCUCCACACCAACUUGGAAAUGGAGGGACAUAUUCACGUGUUUCUUGUAUGAUUGAUCCUUCUGGACGUCAGCAACAUCCUUCUUCAUCAUCUAUUUCAUCUACACCCUCUCCUGGGUCUUCUUCAUCAACUGCUAUUGUAAACAGACCUUGUGGACGUAUUAUUGGAGAGGAGGGGGUUACGACUGCAAAACUUGAUUUAAGCAGAAGUUAUGUAAUUGGAACAAUGGGGGGUCAACAACAACAACAACAGGCAACAUUGGCAGCAGUAUCUUCCUCAACUCCAAUAACAUUUCAUAUUCUAACAGCAAAUUCUCUAUUACAACAGCAACAAAAUAAUCCUGAACAUCAUCAUCAUCAAUUACAACAACAAGAGCAACAACAACAAAUUAAUUAUUUCUCAACAGGAAGACGUCAAAUUCAACAACAGCAAAUAUUACAACAACAACAACAAUUAAUUGAAGCAUCUGUGAGGAAUUUAUAA